AUGAUACAUUCGUCCACGGAGAUAUCGCAGGUGCAGAAGUUCCAUUACCUCCGGGCUGCCCUGAAGGGAGAGGCAGCCAACUUGAUCCAGUCGAUAACGAUAACGGCAAGUAAUUACGCUGUCGCGUGGGAGACGUUAAUCAAUCGUUACUCGAACAAGGCCAUUCUCCGAAAAAAAAAACACAUCCGAGCCCUGCUCAAGUACCCGAAGAUCCAGAGUAACACCGUGGAAGCGCUUCAUCGAAUUGUGGACGAGUUUCAGCGCCACACCAUAGUUCUGGAACAACUUGGUGAGCCAGUCGAGCAGUUUAGUUCAAUCCUCAUCGAGUUGCUCGAGGACAAGUUGGACGACGCUUCGCUUACAGCAUGGGAAGAAUCGAUCGCAACGGAGGAACACCCUACGUACUCCAAAAUGGUCGAGUUUCUGCAGAAGCGAGCGCGCGUACUUGAGACGAUUUCUAUCAACCGACCGCAGCAUGUUAAUCCCAAGUCCGUUAAUCAUCCUUCAGCUCCGAAGAAAUCAAACCAGCCCCGAUUCAGCGCAAAUGCAGCAACUGAAAUUGCAGCAAAAUCGUUCCCGAUGUGCCCUGCUUGUGAGAGGCAGAAACAUUCCAUUUUCGAUUGCUCCGUUUUCAACGGUCUGGACUCGAAAGGUCGUAUGAAGGUGGUUACGGACAAGAAACUUUGCAGCAACUGCGUCCGUAGUGAUCACUUUGCCCGCAACUGUCGCUCGAAGUAUUCAUGCAAGCAUUGCUCGAAGCGACAUCAUUCGAUGAUCCAUCCGGGGCCAUACGAGCUCAACUUGCCAACCACCAAUGAAAAUUCAGUAUCUGAACUUGCCAAUCCAGGUUCUUCCACUAUGCUUGCCGCCGUUUCCGCUGUUCCCGUAAACGAACCCCCGUCCUCGAUGGCAGUGGCUCAAUCAACCAGUGUUCUCCUGACCACCGUAGUCUUGCUGGUAGUAGAUGCGUACGGUCAAGAGCACAUCGCCCGUGUCUUGUUGGAUACUGGAUCCCAACCGAAUGCGAUUAGCGAGCGUCUUUGUCAGCAACUUCACCUUAACCGUAGGUCUGUUAACGUGCCGAUCGCUGGCGUAGAUGGGACCGUUACGAACGCCAAGCAUGAAGUAUCUGCCGAGGUUCGAUCACGUGUGUCCGACUUUCGUGAGGUGAUUGAUUUCCUGGUAUUGCGGAAAGUGACCAGCGACACUCCAUCCGUACCGUUCAACGCAUCUGAACUGAAGCUUUCCAACGAUCUUCCACUGGCGGAUCCCGACUUUGGCACACCUCGUAGGGUGGACAUGAUCAUUGGAGCUGCUCACUUCUUUUCCUUUUUGCGGAAUGGACGGUUCCGCCUCCCAAGUCUCCUAUUCGUCGAAACCGUGUUUGGGUGGAUUGCCUCUGGAAAGAUCGAUGAGUCCAGCGGUAAUUACCAUCAGCCAAUAGCAACUUGUCAUGUGGCGACAGUUGUACCGGUUGAUGAACUGCUGCAGCGAUUUUGGCAGAUCGAGGAAGUAAGCGGCUCAAAUUACUCCGUAGACGAGCAGAAUUGCGAGGAUUUCUAUCAGCAGACAGUUUCCCGAGAUCCUACCGGACGAUAUAUCGUUCGGAUACCCAAACAUCCCCAAUGUGACCAGAUGAUUGGGGAAUCUAGAGCCAUGGCAAUGCGGCGUCUACAGUGGUUGGACAAGAGGCUGCAAAAGGAUGAUGAAAUGAAGGCUCAGUAUUACGCGUUCAUGGAAGAAUAUAUCAGUCUCGGCCAUAUGGUUCUCGAUCCCCAUGACGAUAAUAAUGGAUCAACCAAUUGCUACCUCCCGCACCAUCCCGUGGUGAAACAAUCGAGCACGACGACCAAGGUUUGA